UACUCCUCCUAUAUCUGCUACUUUUUGUGCUGUCGCUUGCCUCAACUCGAAAACCACACCGCCCACCACACCACAACGACAGUCGUCAGCCCACGACGACAACACCCACCCUGACUGCCACUCCUCCCUCCACCAUCCAUCCACACAAGAGGCACACACACGCGUCUGUCCGUGCGACGUUGCUGUCUGCCCUCCGUCUUCCCUCUCCAUCUCACCCCCAGUUGAAGCUUCAUCUGAAAUCACGUGGAUCCUGCGGCGCCCUCCGCCUCCCCCCUCCUGCUUUUCGCUCAUUGAGGUGGGAGCGCCGACACAGCGGGCGUCAUGGCUGGACGCGGCCCCACAAAUGCGGCGCUGAAGGAGCUGCAGCACCCGAGCAAGUUCAUCCAACUCAAGGACCAGAUUGGCAAAGGCGCGUACGGAAAGGUCUUCAAGGGCGUCCUGAAGAACGUCAAGCAGCUUGUCGCCGUCAAGAUCGUGCCCAUCAUCGAGGAUGAAGAAGACGCCAUCGCCCUGGAGCUUCAAGUCCUGGCGAACCAAUCCUCCCACCGAAACAUCGCCCGUUUCUAUGCCGCCUAUCUGGAUGUCAACCCAAAGGACGACAUUCUCGGCGAUGGCCUGCCCCAGCUCUGGCUCACCAUGCAGUACUGCGCAUAUGGCUCUGCAACGGGGCUGGUCUCCUCCAUACGCCGUCCAAAACCAAACAUCCACGACCCAUCCAAGACACGCAAGCCGGGCUACCUGCCCGAGCCCUGCAUUGCCUUCAUCGCCAAGGAGUGCCUGCGCGGCCUUGAGUAUCUCCACAGCAACAAGGUCAUCCACCGUGACAUCAAGGGCCAGAAUGUGCUCCUCACACGCGACAUGAACAUCAAGCUCGUUGACUUUGGCGUGUGUGCGCUGCUGCAAGAGCAAGUGGGCCGCCGCGACACCGUCAUCGGCACCCCGUUCUGGAUGGCUCCAGAGGUCAUCCUGUGCGAGACGUCGCCACCGGGAACGCAAUCGUACGACUCAAAGUGCGACAUCUGGUCCCUCGGCAUCACCUGCAUCGAAAUUGCAGAAGGCCACCCUCCGCUGCACAAGAUGCCUGCCAUGAAGGCGCUGAUGAAGAUUCCAAACCUGCGCGCGCCCACGCUCUCGUCCUCGCACAAGUGGUCGAAAACAUUCCAGGACUUCGUCUACAAAGCGCUGCAGAAGAACCCAAAGAAGCGGCCACGCGCCCUGGAGCUGAGCACACACCUCUUUGUGCAGUCUGUGGAUGAGGUGCAGGCGAAGGAGGAGCUGUUGAAGCUUGCGCACCAGGUGCUGCCGCCGCUACCUGAUGAUGACGAGCCAGAAUGGUUUGGCGAGGAGGACGCAGGCGACGGCUACCACAUCGACACCAUGCUCUUUGACAGGUCGAAGAAGCUGCCGCUGCUGUCGAAGCAGACGGAAUACGGGGACGCGGUGCGCUCAACAGACAACCUGACGGAGCUCAAGGACCUGGACACGGGCCGGCUCAUCUCCAUCUUGCGCAAGCGCUACAACAAAGACGUCAUCUACACGCUCGUCGGCGACAUUCUCGUUGCCCUCAACCCCUUUCACGACCUCGACAUCUACACGGAGGCAUACCACAACCUCUUCCUCACCACCACGCCUGUCAACCCGUUUCCGCACAUCUUUGGCGUGGCUCGCCUCGCCUACAGCAACCUCAAGCACACGCACCAGAACCAAUGCUGCGUCAUCAGCGGUGAGAGCGGCGCGGGCAAGACGGAGACGGCAAAGUACUUUGUCAGGCACAUCCUGCACAUCAUCGCCCACGACAGCACCGGCGUGUCAAACCGCAGCUUGGAGAAGCGCAUCCAGGGGUGCAACCCCGUGCUCGAGGCUUUCGGCAACGCAAAAACGCUGAUGAACGAGAACUCGAGUCGGUUCGGCAAGUUUGUUGAGCUGCGCAUCAGCCCGGAUAUGCGCAUCCUCGGCGCCACCGUCGCCCAGUACCUCCUCGAGAAGUCCCGUGUCUGCUUGCAGGGUCCCGGCGAGCGCAACUUCCACGUGUUUUAUUACGUCAUCAAUGGGUGGAAGGAGGAGUCGUACCGCAAAGCCCUCCGCAUCACAAACGUGUACGACUACAACUAUCUCGGCGGCAUGUCACCCGAGGUGACACCGGACCACGACGAUGACGACGGCCAGCGCGGCGGGAAGCGAAACUGGGGGAAAUACAACAAGUUGGAGGGUCGCGGCCUUUCCAAACACACGCGCGCAAAGAACAUGGAGAAGCUCAUGCUUGAAAAGAAGUACCAGCAGAUCCAGAAGGCGCGGUCUGGUGCUGAGCUUGAGGUCACGGGCCUUGAGAACAUGAACAUGGAGGAGGCCCUUGAGCAGUACACGGCGCUGCGACAGGCCAUGCAGGACAUCACGUUCACAACAGAGGAGAUUCUCGAAAUCAAACUCUUGCUUGCGAUUGUGCUCCAUGUUGGCAACAUUGACUUCCGCGUUGCCGACAAUGCGGAUCAUGCUGUCGUGUUCACGCCAGAUGCGCUGGACCACGUUGCAAACAUGAUUGGCGUCGGCUCCAUGGAGCUUGACAACGCCCUCACCACAAACGUCUCCAUCACCCGCGGGGAAACCAUCAUGCGGCGGCUGCGGCCCCACCAGGCGCGCGAUGCACGCGACGGCGCUGCAAAGGCCCUGUACAACCGCCUCUUUGCGUGGAUUGUCACGCGCAUCAACAACGUGCUCAAUGCCGGUGGUGACACGCCGUCGCUCGAGAUUGGCGUGCUGGACAUCUUUGGGUUUGAGAAGUUCAAGAUCAACUCGCUGGAGCAGCUGUGCAUCAACAUUGCAAACGAGCAGCUGCAGUAUUUUUUCAACCAGCACGUGUUUGCCUGGGAGCUGGAUGACCUCAAGGCGGAGGGCCUCAAGCUGGAUGGUAUCACCUUCGACAACAACAAGCCCAUCCUCGACAUGUUCCUGUCCAAAAUGGGCAUGUUGUCCAUCAUUGACGAGGAGAGCUACUUCCCAAAGGCCAACGACCAGUCCCUGGCCAACAAGAUCAACACCAACCUGAAAAAGUCGCGUGGCAUGUACGUACCGCCACAGUCGCAGCACAGUCCCAUCUUCACCAUCAACCACUACGCGUGUGCCGUCACCUACUCCUUUGAGAACUUCCUCGAGAAGAACCGCGACACGCUGUCCCCCAUGAUCGAGGCUGUGUUCUGCGAGUGCGGGGUCCCGCUGAUUCGCAUGCUCUUCCGCCACAACGUGGGCGCCACGGGCAUUCUUGGCGAGGAGUGGCAGGCCGACGCAGACCGCAACCGCACCGCCACCAUCUUUGCCUCGCUCACCCCCGAAGCCCUGGAGAACCACCAGCGGCGCGCGUCAAAGCCCAUGCUGAACCGCAUGAACAGCAGCCGCCGCAGCCGGCGCGACGACAAGAGCGGGUCCCUGCGCCGGUCUGCAUCGCGCAAGUCAUGGAAGCGGAGACGCAGCCGCGCGUUUAUUGCGCCGAUUGUGCGCCAGGGCGGUCGCAAGAACAAGCCGACCAUCUGCGGGCACUUCAAGAGCUCCCUGGCAGACCUGAUGAGCAAGAUGCUCGCUGCACGCCCGCAUUUCGUGCGCUGCAUCAAACCCAACACACGGCAGGAGCCAAGAAACUUCAAGGAGGAGCAGGUCACGCGCCAACUCAACUACACGGGCCUCCUCGCCACCAUCAAGAUCAGGCAGCAGGGUUACCCUGUGCGCCUGCCUUUUGGCGAGUUUGUGCGCAUGUAUCAGAUUGUGGGCUUUGAGCUGACAAAGGAAAUUGCGCCUGUGGACGAGCAAGCCGCGUGCGUGCGCAUCCUCUCGGAGCCGGGCGUCAGCUCGCUGCUGGCGAAGGUGGCGACCAAGAGCGGGCCCACGUGGCGCGGACAGGCGUGGGACGUGGGCAAGACGAAGGUGUUCAUGAAGCACUACACGGCCGACGCCCUGCAGCAGCUGCUGGAGCACUUCCACCAGCGGGCGACGGUGAUUCAGGCGCACGUGCGGCGGUGGCGGGUGCGGGGCCUGCUGCAGAAGCUGAUUGCAGAGGCAAAGGAGAAGAAGAGGAGGGAGGAGGAGGAGAGGAGGAAGAGAGAGGAGGAGCGGAAGCGAAAGGAGGCCGAGGAGAGGAAGAGGAAGGAAGAGGCAGAGAGGCGGCGACGCGAGGAAGAAGAGAGAAGGAGGCGGGAGGAAGAGGAGGAACAGCGCAAGCAGCUGGAGCUUGAGGAGAAGCGAAAGAGGAAGGAAGAGAAGGAACGCAAGAAGCGCGAGAAGAAGGAUGAGAAGGACCGCAAAAAGAACAAGUCAUCUGCUGCUGCCGCUGCCGCCGCCGUGUCCAAGCCACCACCAGCAGCAGCCACGUCCCCGCAGUACCGCAAGCGCUCACGCGAUGACGCAUCUGCAGCAGCAGCUGCCGCCGCCGCCAUCAAGCCGCGACGUACACACAUCCGCGUGCCCAAGAUGAGCUCGGCGGUGAGCGACAAGAAGGAGAUGCUUGUUGCGCCGUUUGACAAGGAGGAGUUCAAGCACAUCAGCAUGCGGCUGGUGAAGAAGAACAAGAUCCCGCCAGGCACGUCGCAGCUCAACCGAUACAUGAACAUCCUGCCCAACCCGCGCACACGCGUGCGUCUGCAGCAGCUGGGCGAGGACAAGACGACAACAUACAUCAACGCCAACUACAUCCACGGGUGGGACGGCGGCCACGGCUCGUACAUUGCGACGCAGGGGCCCAAGCAGGAGACCAUGGCUGACUUUUGGCGCAUGGUGUGGGAGACAAACAGCAACACCAUCAUCAUGGUGACGGGUCUGAAGGAGAAGGGCGUGGUCAAGUGUGCGCGGUACUGGCCCAAGGUGCUGUACAACGAGAAGGAGCAGCUUGGAGACAUGCAGCUUGGGUACAUGAACGUGGCUGUGCUGGAGGGCCGCAAGUCUGGCGGGUAUGUGGUGACGAAGAUCCGCCUGAAGAAGGACAAAGUCAAGGGCGAGCGCAUCGUGAUGCACUACUGGUACAACUCGUGGCCAGACCACGGUGUGCCCAACAACACCACCGCCGUUCACCACAUGCUGGACACGGCGCGCAAGUGGUGCGACGAGCCCACGCGCCCGUGGGUCGUGCACUGCAGCGCCGGUGUUGGCCGCACGGGCACGUUCAUCACCAUUGACAUUGGCAUUCGCAUGCUCAACCGCACGGGCAAGGCGGACGUGAACGACAUUAUUCGGGGCCUUCGCCGCGACCGCUGCGCCAUGGUGCAGCACCCGGAGCAGGCCGCAUUCGCCCACAAGGCACUGGAGGAGUACGCGAAGGAGAAUGGCGUGCAGCCUGAGCCGCUCGUUGGAUCGUCGGAUAACCAGACGCUGGUAGAGUCCAUCAUGAAGGCGCAGCAGAGCGUGCCGCCCAGCUUUGAUCAGCACGACUCGCAACUGGAGGUCGACGAAGGCAGCGAUGAGGUUGUGCCGCGCUGGCGCCUGGCGACACUGAAGCGACGCGAGGAAGAAGAGCGAGAAGAGAUUAUGGAGCUGGAGAUGGAGGACGAUAUUGGACGGCGGCGCGCGCAGCGACUGCGUGAACGCCAGCAAGCAAAGGAGGCCAUGAAGAACAAGGCACUGCAGCGGUUGGAGCUGCUUGAGGCCGGCAAUCAGCAGGCGUUAAUGUCUGAUCUGAACAUUCAAAUUUCGCGGGGCGUGGCAAACACCAUCAAGCGGAAGCUGGAGGACCUGACAUUUGCCGACUACAGCAGUGACGAAGACGACGAAACACGCGGGCCCAUGUUCGACUUUGACGAACGAAGCGACUCGAGCGAUGGCGAGGACACCCUUCGCCCUGGCGGCAUGCUGGCCGGUGUCGUGGACGAAGAGGACGAGGACGAUGAUGACUACCUGAUGCUGCUGGAGCAGGAGGCAGAGGCGCUGUCACGCCCCGUCCACGCGCCACAGCAGCAACCGCAGCGACAGCACUCGUUCCCACACGCCGGCGUCCACGAUUACGGUGGUGAGCGGGACUCGCAGGCAUCGGCGAUUGUUGCGCAGCUGCCGAGGCGCGACGAGACGGAGUGGAAGGUGAAGCCGCCACUCACGUGGAAGCCCCGCCACUGUGCAGACUGGCUUGCGUUUACAGCGCCGCAGCUGGACUACAUUGCACGCGCGCUUGAAGACAAUCAGGUGCACGGCGCAGAGCUGUUGAAGCUGAACGACAGCCGUCUCAAGUCGAUUGGCGUGACAGAUGCAAAGGACAGGAAGGCGUUCAAGACGUGCAUCAAGCAACUCAAAUCCGCCACACGCAAGGGGCUAGAGGCCGGCUAUGCGCGGGAUGACAGCACGCUUGCGAGCGACAGGAGCAAGGCCGAGGUGUACGUGGCGAUUGCGGGCUUCCCAGGCCACCCGGGCCGCAACCAGCUCGCGUUCCGCGAAGGCGACCGCUUCGCGCUGCUGCAGGAGGUGUCGCCUGACUGGUACGAGAUGCGCCUGCAGAGCACGGGGCAGACGGGCAUGGUGCCUGCCAACUACGUGCAGCUUGUGCGCGGUGGUGAGCGCAGCCAGCACACGGCGGCGCCGUCUGUGAUUGAGGCUGUUGCCCACGUGCAGGCCAUUGCAGACUUCAAGGGCGCUGCAGGCCAGCUGCCGCUGAUUGUUGGCGAGGAGUUUGCUGUGCUGCAGCGCAGGGACGCAAACUGGCUGCUUGCACGCAACCGACAGGGGCAGACGGGCCUCAUCCCCAGCACAUAUGUGCGGGACGUUGACGCCAAGCGCAAGCUGCUUGUGCUGGAGGACUACCUUGCAGACGACGGUGUGCUGCUUGUGGCCAAGGGGGAGGUGGUGCGCCAGACGGGGUGGGGCGUCGACGACUCCAUCGCCAUCCACACGGCCGCAGGGCACACGCGCACGGUGCCGCCGAGCGUGGUUGUCGAGCACCACCCAGACUACGGCUUUGAGCGCGAGAUGGAGGCUGUCACGGCGUAUGUUGGCGGGCAGGGCAAGCUUGGCCUCACCCCGGGUGACAAGAUCAAGGCGCUGACGCUACUUGCCACGUCGUGGGUGUACGGCUUCCACCCGCGCACGAGCACGUACGGGUUUGUUCCCAUCUCCUUCCUGCGCGACAUGUCUGAGGAGACAAUGCCCAUGACGGUGAUUGCGCCGUACGACAGCCAGGGCCAGCCUGGCCACGUCUCUGUGCGCGUUGGCCAGCAGGUGCAGCUGCUGAAGGAGGUGAGUGCGGACUGGUGCGUAGUGCAGGUGUCGCCGCGCGAGCGUGGCCUUGUCCCGCGCGGAUUCCUGGAACGCGCCCGCCAGGAAUCGACAACAGAGGUGAUGCGGGCAAAGCGUGCGUACGAGCACAGCACGUCGGGCUUCUUCCUGUUUGAGGACGAGGCUGUGACGGUGCUGCAGCAGUCGAGCGACGACUGGUACUACGUGCGUCGCUCCAAUGGCGAGGAAGGCAUGGCGCCCGCCCAACUCCUGCAGCCGGCCUCCGUGUUCUUCAAGGCCAUCGCAGACUUCAGCGGGCAGCGCACGUCGUCGCAGCUGUCAUUCAACCGCGGUGACAUCUUCAACCUCCUCUCCUUCAAGUCCAAUGACUGGCUGCAGGCCCGCAACUCCGAUGGCCGCAUCGGCCUCGUGCCCGCCGCGUAUGUGGAGGAGGUGGCGCCGCCAGAGGCCUUUGAGCCCUCGCGAAAGGCCUAUGUGCCGCCUGUCGAGAAGGGCCGGGUCGCCAGCCGCGCACGCGUGUUCUCGACACCACAAAGUGCGAUGCCGACGCAGCAGCAGAAGCGGGAGUCGCUGGUGCGCGGGCCGAGCGUGCACCGGCUCAAGAGCGCCUUCAGCCGCCACGCCCUCCCUCUCCACGAGUGGACAAACGAGCACGUGCUGGACUGGCUGGUGACGUUGGCCAUGGACACGGAUGUUGUUGAGCGCGUCUUCCGCGAGCGCCGUGUUGAUGGCGCGAUGCUGGUCCGCUUGACCGACCGUGACCUUCGUGGUCUCGGACUCAAAGGCCGGCGCACCCGCGACGAUCUCCUGCACGCCAUUGAGGACCUGCGAACAACAACGGAGGAGAAGCGGGCCGCUGAUGCCCACCCACACCGCGCCCCAAACAGCGGGAACAAGUCUGACUCGCUCCGCCACCGCGCGGCCUCUGCUGGUCUUGCAGCACAGCUCAACCAGCUGCUCACACCCGACGGCCAGAAGCACAAGGGCAAGCGCGGCAAGAAGGACAAGCAGGCCUUUGCUCUCGAGCUGGCACGCAAGUCCAUGCGCCAGGCAGAGCGGCAAAAAGCAAUGGACGAGUGGCGUGAGCGUCGUCGUGGUGAUGGUGGUCUUGACUACGACGACGACCAGGGUGCUGAUGCUGGCGCUGUUGGGCCCUACGACAACGGGUACCCGCGCGAUGACUAUGGAUACCGCGAGGAGCAAGGGCGGGCACGGCGUCGCGGCUACGACCGGUCGCCGGGACGGUAUGAGCGACACGGGCGGGAGCACCCACGUUACGGCGGUCGCUACGACUACGACGACGAUGGCGACGACGAUCGCGAGUGGUUCUGAGUGUGCUUGUUGGUUUACCUGUGUGUUUUUUGUGUUGAAUGUGUACAGGGUGGUUGUUGUGAUGUGAAUGUGUUGGGUGUUGCUGUUUGUUUGCUUGUGAAAUAGCCUUUCAAGACAGGUUGCAUUGUACCCUAGUAGCGUGCGCGUGCGGUGUUUGUUGGGUUGAUUGAUUGUUCCCAUUUGCUUCCGCAACGGCGUUUGCUUUCGUGGUUGUUUUUUGGUUCUUGAACACGCACGAGUACACGAGUUACAUUUGGAGCGUGUCAAGAAACAGCUGCGCACAC